ACCAUUUAUUUCUACUUAAUUCUACUAUUUCUCAACUAUCAAGGGAAGCGCAAUGGUACUUUGUGGUGGGACGGUUUCUUACAGGAACCAGUAUUUCCGACGACACGUAAAGGCACCAACCGACACGCUUUCGCACCCUCUGACGGCGGUGGCUGUGAAGGAAUCCAGGAGUCGCCAGUCCCAAGUUCACAUACUUUAAAGUAGGAGGAGUUGGCGAACGACUCACAAAGGAGUUUAACAGCCGCAGAAUAUUGAACUCGGUGCCACGGGAGGAGCCGCCAAACAGGACACCAGCAAUAUGGAAGACAUGACAGUGGAGCAGAUGGCAAUCAGAGCCAACCAAGUGACUGAUGAGUCGCUGGAAAGCACACGGAGGAUGCUGCAGCUGGCAGAGGAGAGCAAACAGACCGGCACCAACACCUUGGUGAUGCUGGACGAACAAGGAGAGCAGCUGAAGCGUGUGGAGGAGGGCAUGGACCAGAUCAACCAGGACAUGAGGCAGGCAGAGAAAAACCUGACUGACCUGUCCAAGUGCUGCGGCAUGUGUGUCUGCCCCUGUGACAGAGUCUCAUCAAUCGAGAAUGACUCGCGCUAUAAGCGCACCUGGGGCAUUGGAGGAGCUGAGAGCGAAGGGGACGCCAACAGCACUGGGGUAGUGUCCAGGCAGCCCUCAGGCGUCCGUAAUGGCCAGACCGCCCAGGUGAACACCCAGGCUCCAUCGGGGACAGGUCCAUACGUCAAGAGGGUGACCAACGACGCCCGAGAGGAUGAAAUGGAGGACAAUCUGCAGGCAGUGGGUAGCAUCAUCGGAAACCUGAAAACUAUGGCUCUCGACAUGGGCAACGAAAUAGACACUCAGAACAAACAGAUCGACCGCAUCACUGAUAAGGCGGACAUGAACAAAUUCCGCAUCGACGAGGCCAACCAGAGAGCCAACAAGCUCAUUAAAUAAACACGGGAUCCUUCGGCUGCUUUUAUGCAUCAACUUUGAGCCUGUUGCACGACUCACACACACACACACACACACAC